CGGGAGCGCAAGCUCGAGCCCUCCCACACGGGGAGAUGCGCGCGCGCGUGGGUGGAGCUUGACUCGCGCCGGCGUCGGGGGCCAAUACAUAUGCCGGCCCGGAGCUUUCGGCUCAGUCCGAGAGCGGAGCAGAGCCGAGCGUGAGCAGAUACCGCACGCGCUGCCGCGGCGCAUCUGUGCGCGCGCGCCAAAUAUCACUGCGGCGAGGCGCCCCUUAACUAGGUAUCGACCUACACCUGUGCUACUCCCGCCGUCCGUCCGUCGGUCUCGGUCUACCUGAGCGACCGCUUCCGCCACUGUACUUCCCACGGCGUGCUUCUGACGAUCAUGCACUCGGUCCUUGUGAAAUUUUUCGGGAAAACGCGGCCAAGGUGCAAAGGUGCAAAUUUCCGAGUGAUGGUCGACUGGAAUUUCAGAAACUCCAGCGUGCGUCGGAUGAGUCGUUCGGAAGUUGGAAUAGUCCGAAUAGCUUCAUCGCCUCGCACGUGAUCACCUCAGUGAGAUCGGCGUAACGGACCUCUCUCCGGUCCAUCACACGGCGACUCGUCUGCCAAACAGCCUCGCACUCUGAAUUAUUCAUGAAAGAAUCCACCGCGGAUCGAAGAUUUUGAGACGCCUUGAACCUGCAAAGUCGUUAAGUAGUCGUGGCCCGUUAACUUGAUUCAGUCAAGUGUUUAUGUUGAUCGCGGCUGGUAUGACACGUUCACACUCGGUCCAGCAGUUUAGCCCGCUGGAAGGAAAAAUUUUUAAUUUAGAAAACCGCGCCAGCAGCAUUAGAGCGCGUUAAUCAAUAUUACAGAGCACACUCGGGCCGCGGACUAAUAUCGUAAAAAGCUGCGCUGGUUAAAAACACGACGGCGUCAAAGUCAAAUGAAAAAAAAGUUGCGCGAGAAUACUUUCAUUUUACGCGGCGAAAUUAAUCUCACGGCCGAAAGCGAGAAACUCGUCCAACGGGCUGUUUACCGAAAAUAAAAUUCGCCUUCACACGCGUUCGCCGAAGUUGUUUAAAUAUUUGCGAAGAGCUCCAGCUCGAUAUUAAAUUUUCCACGGGUUGUCGCCAGCGCAUUGGUAUCGCGAGUCUUGGGUCCAAUACCCUUAUGGGUUUGCCGACGAUUCGGAACGAUUCCUCGAUCGGUCGACGCUCCUUGGCACGUCGGCCAUCGCCGCAAGAGGAGCGCGCACACAAAGCGGAGAGUAUAGACAGGAGUACCGGCGCCGAUUUUACCUUCUCUCUUCUCCGCGUGAAUUGCUCGCCGCCGCUCGCCCAGCGCAGCGAAGGUCGCGGAUCGGCAUCGCCGCCGCUUCGCACGCAGCGAGAGACACGCUUUAGAUCGCGUUGGACCGGCUUCGGGUACACACAGACAUACGUCUCUCUCCUGUUUCUCUUUCUCGAUCGUCUCGAUACUCGCGGCAGCCUCGCCCGAACGACCGGUACAGUGCGAUCGGCCUCGCUCACCCUCUUGUGGCUUUGCAGAUCAAAUGUAAGUGUCGCGCGUGAUAAUCCCAAGUGUGCAGCGGAAUAACAGCAGCAGCAGCAGCAGCAGCAACAGAGGAGACGGAUAGCGAAGUCAUCGACGAAGCGAGGAGAAGAGGAAGCACGAUGCCGAGGGCGACGAGGAUGCACUUGCUCGCCGGCCUGCUCCUUUGCAUCGCCCUGACGUUGCAUUCCGCUGCUGCACAGCGCUCGCAGAGCAAGCGGGGGCCGAACUACUACGGCACCUUCGUCGGCAACUUCAGCAGCUACGCGCACAACCUCGGCGGCGACGUCUACGUCCUCGACGAGUCGACCUUCUACAUCAAGCACUUCAACUACGACGGCAACGCGCCCAACGGCUACUUCUGGAUCGGCAAGACCCCCAUGCCCAUGCCCGACGGCACUCCCGUGCCCUACCCCGAGCACACGAGCGACAACCCGAAGCCGCUGCAGGCCUACCAGGACCAGGACAUCAUCCUGAGACUGCCGGCCGGCAUCAAGGUCCGCGACAUCAAGUACCUCAGCGUCUGGUGCCGCAGGUUCACCGUGAACUUCGGCAUGGUACUGAUCCCGGAGGACCUGUGGAUCCCGGCGCCACGGGUCCUCCCCGAGUUCUCGCGGCUGGCUCACGGACUGCGCAGCGACAACAUCACCAUCCUCGACAGCAAGACCUUCUACAUCCCCAACCUGCACUACGACGGCGCUGGGCCCGACGCCUACUUCUGGGUCGGCAAGGGGCCCGAACCCGACACGCACGGCAUCAAAGUGCCCAACGAGAUGAACAGCUCGCAGCCUCUGCAGGGCUACGAGGGCGUCGACAUCGAGAUCGUGCUGCCGGGUAACCUGACCGUCUACGACAUCGACUGGCUGGCCGUCUGGUGCGUCCAGUACAAGCACAACUUCGGACACGUCCUCAUACCCAAGGACCUGGACGUGCCGCCCGCGCUGGGCCAGACCAAGAUCGCGCCGCCAUGGUGGUACACCCCUACGAGCAGCACGCCGGCGCCCGAGAUGAGCAACUGCAUCGAGCUGCUGGAGGGCCGGGUGCAGGUGCAGUGGGAGCUGAUGGGCGAGGACGUGCAGAUCCGCGUCUCGGGCAGGAUCCGCGAGAACCAGUACGUGGCGUUCGGGCUCUCGGGCAGCGAGGGCAAGGCCCAGAUGAUCGGCGCCGACGUGGUCGUCGUCGGCUACAACAAGUCCAGCAACAGCUUCUUCGCCGAGGACUACUACAUGUCGGAGUACGCGCAGUGCGACGGCAAGCGGGGCGUCUGCCCCGACCACCGGAUCGGCGGCAAGAACGACGCCGUCUUCGUGUCCGGCAAGCGGGAGAACGGCGUGACCACGGUGACGUACAUGAGGCCGCUGCGCACGAACGAGCUCGACUACGACCGCAUGAUCCCGGACAAGGAGACGACGAUAAUCGCGGCCAUCGGCCUGCUGAACAAGAACUUGGAGGCGAACGCCCACCUCAGCUCGGACAGCACCGGCGAGGACAUCCGCAUCGACUUCGCCGGCCGGGGCGUCCACCAGUGCACCAACUCGCUCUACAACCUGCCGGCCCAGAAGGAGCUCAAGCCCUGGCCGGCGAUGAGCAUCGCCGGCGAGGACACCUUCACCGCGCGCAUCGGCCCGACCGGCGGCGACCGGGGCUACCCAAGCAUCACCGGCGAGCCCGCCUGGGGCAUCGCCUGGUACAUCAACGAGAUGCUCAUCCCCGAGCUGACGGUCGAGCGCGGCCAGAACUACACGUUCCUCGUCGAGGGCGGCGACGACAAGACCAUGUCGACCAGGUACCAUCCGUUCUACAUAACGAGCAGCCGCGAGGGCGGCUACGGCCAGCUCAACGCGGAGCAGCAGAAGCGCCAGAGGGUCUUCGCCGGGGUGGCCCGCGACGCGAGCGGCUACCCCUACCCGACCGCCGCCGGCCGCUACUGCGAGUACCAGCACAAGAGCGUCGACAAGAGCGCCAUGACCGAGAGCUUCGAGGAGUUCUUCGGCACCCUCCGGCUCCACUGCGAGGAGGGCCAGCCGGCCACGCUCGUCUGGCACGUCGAGGAGGACACGCCCGACCUGGUCUACUAUCAGUGCUACACGCACAGGAACCUGGGCUGGAAGAUACACGUCGUCGACCAGGGCUACGGGCCGCUGAAGACGGAAUCCGGGGCCGGACGGUCCCGCGCGCUGCUGGUGCUCCUCGUCGGCUGCCUCGCCGCUGCGCUGGGCUCGCUCGUCGGCAGAUGAACGCGGCAAGAGCCGGCGCAUUUUUCUUCGCUUCGCCCUCCCCCUUCUCCCCCUUCUCCUCCUUCUCCCCCUUCGUCCUCUUCGUCCCCUUCUCUCCGGAGAGUCAAGCAACCAGGUCAAUACGCCGAGGAGGAGCAACCGAAUGAAAGUUAAACGACGGUGAUACGACGCCCUCGGGCAUUAACUACAUACUCCAUACGCAGAAACAAAACGAGCUGACGAGCUGACGAGCUGACGACUCCCCCCCCCCCCCCUCCCCCACACGCGCACACACGCGCGAGAUGCAAGGUUGUAAAGAAAGUACUUAGCGGAUAUUUUUAAGAGCUAAUACGGAUUCAAUAUUUCACACACACACACACACACACACACACACGCAUAUGAAGAACAAAGAACUUGCGCGUAUAUGCAUGAUUCGUCGCUCCCAACGAAGAAUAGCCCGCUCCAUUUCUUCAGAUUUCCCUGACUGAACGCGAAAAGAUAACAAUUUGCUAGUCUUCGUCGGGAGCGACGAUACCAGUAUACAAUAUAAUGCGAAGCGCGCUAUUUUGCUCAAUACGACUCGUCGUGUUACACGUUCGACAAUAAUUGUACGACGACCGAAUUGCUGAGACGUACCGGCCACCGCUUUUUCGACAAUAACUAUAUACAUACAAACAAAUAUAUGAAACUUUUGAAAGUAAAUGGGCUGAUGAUGCGAGACGUAUAGUCGACUAAUGGCAUUAGGCUGUAAUACUCAUUGCCCUCUUGUGCCUCCGAGUUGACGUAUUCUGCUUUUAUUUAACGCGGUUAUAUUCUGAGUUUCAAAACCUUGGCCCGUUGAAACGGAAAAAAUGCUUUUAUCCAUACUUCUCGACGAAGCGAUUUAAUUGAUUCAUUCUACCUGCUAAGAACGAAGGAAAAACUUUGAGACACCAGAGGACUUCUGAAAUUUCGAAUAUAGGCGUAAAAAAAUUCAUGAGUUGAUAAACGACAAAGGCAAAAGUAAAGCGCGAAAAAAUGUAUAUUAACACUUACGAUUUAAAGAAGUCAAACUUAUUCAGUAAACGUUAGGGAUACUAAUUUAUAAAAAAUGCUGUUCGACAAUAAUCGAUACGAUAGUAUAAUAUUAUAUAUGAUACAAAAAAAGAUAAUAACUUGGUUGACUGGCAGAAAGAGCUUGACAAUAAUUCGUUUACUCUUUCGCUCGUCUGAUCAAGCUGAACUCGGAUAUAAGGGCUUAGAAAUUAUACGUAAGCAUAUUAUACUUUACUUAUUAUUAUCAACAUUAACUGUAAUACGCAGGUUAAGCAGAGACAAACAUAUACGCGCUAUAUAUUAUACCGUGUAAAUAUAAGAAAGAAAAAACGAUGGCGAAGCAAAAAAUGUGAACCAUCGGAGUGGACCUUCUCUAUAUUAUAAUACAGAAUGAAAGUAUAAAUGUGCCUUGGGUGCAGAUUUAUUCAAGUCUCGCUUGUUCAGAGCUGAACCGAAAGUUACGGUAAAAAUAGAAACGCAUGCGGAUGACAAAGAAAUGUGCAGUGCAAAAUGAUAAAAUCGCACGUAGAGAUGCCCUGGAGUGCUUGGAAUUCAAUCCCUUGAGCGUGUCGAUGCAGCUUCAUAUACGCAUAUAGUAUAUGAGUAUACAUUUUUGAAAACACACCUAUAUAAUAAUAUGCGCUCGCAAAUUUCAAGAGAUAGAUCAGAUAAAGUUACCAUAAGUCGAACCAUAAUUCAUUGGCCCUGUGUUUAUUAGCACAAUGAAUUAGAAUAAUGUAGUUCAUGAAAUUUUAAUAAAUUUUUUAACGUUGAAUACGGCACGUGUACAUCGUUAAUUAAAAAAAAAAAAAAAAAAAAAAAAAAAAAA